AUGGAAGACACGAGGGUAGCUUCCAUUUAUCGACAUCCAAGUUUACGUGCUGCAAUAAAUAUCAUUGUAACACGUUUGAUCGUUUUGAAACAUGAAGCGGCUGGACCACAUAUUAGUGAUAACGCACAAGAUACAUUGCAACAGUUUUGUCGCUGGCAAGAAACAUACAAUGAUAAGAAUGAUGACGCUCCAAAUCAUCAUGAUGUAGCCAUUCUCCUUACAAGACAUGAUAUAUGCAGGGCACCCGGAAAAUGUGACACACUAGGUCUUGCCGAAUUAGGCACUAUGUGUGAUUCAUUACGAAGCUGUGCAAUCAUCGAAGAUAACGGCUUAUCAGCUGCAUUUACGAUUACUCACGAAUUAGGCCAUAU